AAGAAAUCCGAGCCGCUCCUGUGUUCCACAUGAUGCUGCGACUGCAGACGAAAAGCUGAUAAAAACACAAAAUAUAGUCGCCUGGUUUUCUCUGCCGUCAUGGAUGAAGAGGAUACAGCCGAAUACAGGGAGCCCUGCGCUCAGUGUGCUGCUGUGGACUGGGGCAUCUCAGAUGAGGGACGCUUCUACUGCAGAUCCUGUCACAACAUUAUCGAGAGAACCAAAGAGGUUGUGGACACUUCCUUCGUUGGUGACUUUAACAGAAUCUCCUGGAUCUCCAGUAAAUCCAGAGCUAAGAAGGCGGAGCGCUGCAGGGUGUUGAUGGUGUGUGAAGUUUUCCAGUUGAUCCUGAAGAAGCAGGCCGAGGCUCUGCUCAGACUGGGCGUCAGUCCGCACUUCAAGGACGAAGUUCUGUGUCAGAUGUGGAGGCUUUACCUGCAGAAGAGCCGGCAGGCGUACACAGACAACCCGGUCAACAGUUUCAGGUUCAGAAGGGAAGGGCAGGACUCGGACUCGGACAGCGCUUCAGAUUUCCCGCUGUCGGGGAGCUCCUUGGACAGCAGGUCCGGUCUGUCUGACUCAGCUGACUCAGCUGACUCUAAUACAGGUACGGACCUCAGAACCAGGCGUCCAAUCCAUCAACCUGCUUCUCCUCCUUCACUGCAGAGCUGUUAUAAAAUAAUCCCGUCUUACCGCUCCGUCCACAAAGAGGCCCAGAGCCUGAUUCUCUUCCUGCAGCUUCCUACUUUCCCUCCAAUCGUCCCACAAACGCUGCUCCACCCAGCGCGGCUCUGCCUGCGUUACCUGAUUGACGCCAACCUGCCCGACGAGCUGCACAAGUGGGUCUGCAUCCUUAUGGACCGCGCAAACAUGCUCGAUGAGAAAUGCCACACGGCGCAAGUCUCGCCGCGUCUCGUCCUGCCGCAGUACGAGCUGCAGGCCGCCGCCCUCAUCAUCGUCACCAUGAAGGUGUUCUUCGGCCUGGACGACCACACCGAGUGGGAUUUGUCUAAUGAGGUUGGUUCCCAUGGCGACUCAGGAAACCUGUUCAGCUUCAGGAAGUGGUACAAACUGGUUCAGGCCGCUUUGGUCCAGGCUCAGCAGAGGAGGAGCCAGGACAUCGCCAGGAAACAGUGGAAAGGAAAGAAACUGUUCUACAUAAACAAGAAGGACAGAUUUUAUGUCACAAAGAGGAGAAGAAUCUCAGAAAACAUCCAGAUGUGUUUGAAGAAGCUGGCUUCAGGUCCGCCGGCCGUCCACGACUCGGGGCCCUCCAGCUUCCAGGACUCGGGGCCCUCCAGCUUCCAGUUCUGCUGGGGCGACGAGGACAGAUCCGACGGACCCAGUCUGCACCGCAUGAAGCUUGACGGCGUCGUUUCUCAUCAGAAAGGCUCCACGGCUCCAUGCAACCAAAAAUACUGGCAUCUCCCCCUCCACCCCUGCCAUCCCUGGGCGUGCAGCAGUCAUUACACCAAGCUGGAUCCCACGCUGCCGCGCUCCUUCGUUUGGCUGCUGGAGCUCUUCUCCUUCAUGCUGGACGUGGAGUCCUGGUGUCUGCUCCACGCCGUGCUGCGAGUGGAAAGACGGGUUUUUGGCAUAAAAGCGGCGCAGGACAUCAGGGGAGCGACCAGGACCAAGACGAGGAACCGGACCAGGGUCAGGACACGGACUGAGAGACGAACCAGGUCUCAGGGUGGUGAUCCAGGAAGGAAAAACAAGAGCUGAACUAAAGGGGCAAAUAGAAUAAAUUAUCUAUUUUUGUGUUAAACCCAAAGAUGAACAGUAAAGAAAAAAAAAACACGAUUUAUGUUGAGAAAUGUCAACAAUCUCUUUUUCCUCUCAUCAAACUGCAUAUUUUACAGAAAAGACAUCAGAGAAGUGUUACUAAAUUAUUACAAGGUUUAUUUAAGGCUUAAUGUCUGUAGUGAUGAAUAACCAGCAACAUCUGUAGCUUUUUUUUUUGUUAUGUCCAUCUGCUUUGUCUGGAAACAAAGAAACAGCAGGAAGCUGCAGUGGCAGGGGAGUGCCCAGCAGGGGGAGACAAACUGCAGCAGAAAGCAGUGUUUUUAUUGGAUAAAGAUUCACACAGAAUCAGAAGCUGCAGAGCUGAAACCUUCUGAAAUGUUUUCCUUCCACUGAACACAGAUGAAUCCCAGAAAAAUGUCAAAUCUGUUGUCAAGCUGCAGAUUCACUGGGACGCUUCCAACAUGUUCUCCUGCUGCUGUUGCCAUGGAGAUAUUACAACAAGCAGCCGAUUGGCCAAUGGUAUGGCGCUGUGUUCGCUUACUGUAGGUUAUGAUGAGGUUCUCUGCAGAUCUUUGGUUGGAUUCAAAGCUCCCUUUGUUCAACAUUUCAUGGUUCAGAUGUAAAAGAUUCAUUUAUUAAAGGAUCUGUAGUUUUUCAGACUGAUUCUUUAGUGUCUUCUUUUGACUUCAGUGUUUUGUUUUGUGUUUUAUAUAAUCUGAAACAUUUUAGGGGGUAAAUAUUGCCGUAGUAUUCUCAUUUGGCUCUAAGAAUAUUUGAUGAAAAAGUCUCUUAAAUUAGCAGAUAAAAUAAUUAUUUCAGUCUUAAAUACUACAGAACAUUUAUACAUACUUGUUUU